AUGGCUUCCAAUAAACGAGAGAAGUACAACCAUCCGUACCAGCCUUAUCAUAUCCAGCUCGAGCUUAUGGAUCAGAUUUACCGCAUACUGGAAGAGGACAAAAAAAUUGGCAUUUUUGAGAGCCCGACAGGUACAGGGAAGACGCUGUCGUUAAUUUGUCCGACCGUGACGUGGUUGAGAAGGAACAAAGCCCGCUUCGUAGAUAAACAAGAUUUUUCAAAGUCUGCCUCCGGGGAAGAUGAAGGCUCUGACCAGCAGACAGAAAGUGACGAUGAACCACCUUGGGUCAAAGAGACGUUUGCAGAGUCUGUACUUAAACAAAAAUUAAGUGCACUCGAAGAAUAUGAAGAGUAUCUAAAUUCUCAGGCUUUGACUUUAGAUGUUGCCACUGCUUUAUCAGAUCAAGGGAAAAAUCAACCAAGGCCCAAGAAAGCUCGAGUCGUGGCACACACUUCAGUCGACUGUGAGGACAGCGCUUUUCUCCCAGAUGAAGAAACCGAUCCGCUUAGACGACCGCCGGAUAACGAUAGGAAAAUCACACUCAGCAACGAGGUACAGACUAUGUUAGGUAGAUUCAAUGAAGCCAACAACGCAGUGGAAGACAAAAAUCCAGGUUUGCCUUCUCCAAUAAAGAUUUUUUUUGCAUCGAGAACUCACUCGCAACUGUCUCAAUUCGCAGCACAACUGAAGCUCCCAACUUUUCCCUCUUCAAUCAACUCUCUUGCAUAUGAACGUAUAAAGUUCACGCCUCUGGCAUCUCGAAAACAGCUCUGCAUAAAUUCUUCAGUUGCAAAUGCCCCUAGCCGUGAGAUUAAUGACAGUUGUAUGGACGCAAUCAACAAGAAAGAAUGCCUCCCAUAUGCUAGGGCCAGGGACCCUGGAAAUAUCAGAACCUUCAGAGAUUACACUUAUCAUGAUAUCCAUGAUGUUGAGGACUUGGCCACCAUUGGGCGUGCUACGAACACAUGUCCAUAUUACGCCUCACGAGAACUUCUUUCCGAUGGUGUGGAGAUUGUCACCCUUCCAUAUCAACAUUUAUUGAUGAGCAGUACUCGCGACGCUUUGGGGAUCAACUUGAAAGAUUCGAUCGUAAUCAUCGAUGAAGCACAUAACGUCAUCGAUACUAUAAACAUGCUGAAUUCCUCAGAAAUCAGCCUGAACGAUUUACAAAACGCUAAGGAGGGGAUAGCUGUCUACUCUAGGGCCUUUUCUCGUCGAUUGAGCCCUCGUAAUCGGGUUAAUUUGAAGCGGCUGUCAACUUUAGUUGAUAUCUUGAUUCAGUUCAUUCAAAAAUGCUACAAAAAUGGGCGCGAAUUUGAGAGUCUUGACAUAUUUGAGGGAACUAACGCCGACGUCUUGAACAUUCAUAAUUUGGAGCAAUAUAUGAAAAGGACCAAGAUUGCCUACAAAAUUGAUAGUUAUAUCGAGCAUCGUAAAAACGAGAAGGACCGCUCAAAUGUUGUCUCUCAACCCAUCCUAUUCCAAGUCGCAUCCUUUUUGAAAACACUAACCAAUCCCUCCAAAGAAGGAAAGUUUUUUUUUGACAAAGAUUUCACAAUGAAGUACAUGUUGCUCGAGCCAGGUCACAGUUUCAAAGAGGUCGUCGAAGAGUCGAAGUGUGUUAUUUUAGCUGGUGGGACCAUGGAACCUAUCUCCGACUUCACAUCUUCCCUUAUACCCUUUGUGGAUAAAUCUCAAGUGAUUUCUUUCUCGUGCAACCACGUUAUACCAGAGGAUAAUCUCAACACUUUUAUUGUGGGUGGAAAUUUCGAAUUCACUUUUGAUAGGCGGGAAGAGAUAAUAAUGCUAAGUCAACUUCAUGACUUUAUCCUCAAAUUGUCAACAAUUGUUCCUGCCGGAAUGGUGGUGUUUAUGCCCAGUUACAAGUUCCUCGACACUGCUCUGAGAUUUUGGCGGGAGAAUCGGGCUAUGAAAGAUAAAAUGGACAAAAAGAAGAUUAUCUAUGAAGAGCCGGGCGUUUCUGAUACUUUUGAUCGCUAUGAAGAAGAAGUUAGGGCUGCUAAAGGAGGAGCCGUUCUCUUCGCGGUAGUCGGUGGACGUUUGUCUGAGGGCAUUAACUUCCAGGAUGAACUCGCGCGUGCGGUGGUGAUGGUUGGUUUGCCUUUUCCAAACGUCUUCAGUGGCGAGUUGAUCAUCAGAAGAAAGCAUUUAGAGCAGAAGGUGAUUGAAAACGGGGGUGAUACCAAGGCAGCAAGAGUAGCAUCUCGUGAGUUAUAUGAAAACAUCUGUAUGAAGGCUGUUAACCAAAGUAUUGGUCGAGCGAUAAGACAUGCCGGCGACUAUGCUAAUAUUUACCUUGUUGACAAGAGAUACGAGUCAUCAGGAAUUCAACAAAAAUUAUCGAAUUGGGUUUAUCAGAGAUUAUACAAGCCUUGUAGCCUAGAUGAGGUGUAUCACACUAGCGAGAGUUGGUUUUCAAAGAUGCAGAUGCAACGCAAAUCCUGA